AUGUCUCCGAGUACUUCCCUGCCAGACCCCACCAUCGACUUGGGUUGGGAUGACUUCCGUGGAGCCAUCCACGACAUCUUUGCCGCCAAUGCCGUAGCCCACCCGGAAAGGCACUGCGUCGUCGAGACCAAGGGCCCGCGAAACCCCGAGCGCAUCUUUACCUACAAGCAGAUCAACGAGAGCUCCAACCAGCUCGCACACUUCUUCCUAGACAAUGGCUGCGAGCUCGGUGAUGUAGUCAUGAUAUAUGCCCAUCGCAGCGUCGACCUCGUCGUCGCUUACAUGGGUGCUCUCAAGGCUGGUGCCACCGUCAGUGUUCUCGACCCUCAGUAUCCCGCCGACCGACAAAAGAUCCUCCUAGAGGUUGCGAAUCCUGUUUUCCUCGUGCAGAUUCAGCGCGCGACCGACGAGUCUGGCAAGCUUGCCGACACCGUCGCCGAGUUCAUUAAGAAUAGCCUCAAGAUCAAGGCGGAAAUUCCGGCCCUCCGACUAGCAGAUAAUGGAGAUCUCAAGGGUGGAGAGGUUGAUGGGAAGGAUUGUCUUCAGCCUCAGGAGGCUCGCAAGGAUAGGCUUCCCGGCAUCCUGGUCGGGCCUGAUUCGAUACCAACUCUCAGUUUUACCAGUGGUUCUGAGGGCAAGCCUAAGGGUGUCCAGGGUCGUCACUUUUCUUUGACUUACUAUUUCCCUUGGAUGGCAGAGAAGUUCAACUUGUCUGAAAAUGACAGGUUCACCAUGUUGUCUGGAAUCGCCCAUGACCCUAUCCAGCGGGAUAUUUUCACCCCUCUGUUUCUUGCCUCGCGCCUAAUAAUUCCUCCCCAAGAUCUGAUUGCACAUGAGCUCCUCGCUGAGUGGGUGAGAGAGAACGAGGUUACCGUGACCCAUUUGACCCCUGCUAUGGGCCAAAUUCUUGUUGGUGGAGCGUCUGCCCAAAUUCCCUCUCUCCGCAAUGCCUUCUUCGUUGGUGACCUCCUCACCAAGAAAGACUGCCGAAAGCUCCAAGACCUUGCCCCAAAUGUCAACAUUAUCAACAUGUACGGGUCUACUGAAAGUCAGCGAAGCGUGUCCUAUUUCGAGAUCCCACCUAAGGCUAAGCAGCCUGAUGCCCUUGAUGCCUUGCCAGAUAUUAUCCCUGUUGGGCAGGGUAUGUUUAAUGUUCAGCUUCUUGUGGUCGACAGGGACAACAAGAACAGAAUAUGCGAUGUUGGUGAGCAAGGAGAGCUCUUCCUUCGCGCCGGUGGUCUUGCAGAGGGCUACUUGGGCGAUGAUGAGACUAUCCGCAAACUCAACGAGUCCAAGUUCUUGACGAACUGGUUUGUGGACACUAAGAUCUGGGAGAAGAAGUUCGAAGAAAAGGUUGCGGCGAAUGGCCGCCAACCAUGGAUGAAGCUCUAUAAGGGCCCUCGCGACCGCCUCUACCGAACUGGCGAUCUAGGUCGUGCGCUCCCCGACGGCAGCGUUGAGUGUACUGGCCGUGUCGACAACCAGGUCAAGAUUCGAGGGUUCCGUAUCGAGCUUGGCGAGAUCGAUACUCACCUUUCGCAUCACCCAUUCGUCCGUGAGAAUGUGACGGUUCUCAGGAGGGACGAGAAUGAAGAGCCUAAGCUCGUUAGUUACAUCGUUCCAGAGGCCAAGCGUUGGCUCCAGCACCUCAAGGAGAGCGGCAAGUCUGUGGAUGAGGCCGAAGACGAGUCUAUGAUUGGCAUGUUCAAGAAGUAUAAAUCGCUUUCGGACGACUGCAAGAACUUCCUCAAGGCCAAAGUCCCUCACUACGCUGUUCCUACUAUGUUUAUUCCGCUAGCGCGAAUGCCGUUGAACCCUAAUGGCAAGAUUGACAAGCCGGCCCUUCCUUUCCCAAGCAAAGAAACCGAUCUCGCCUUGCUCGUCCGCCGGCCAUCGCAAGCUUACCACGCCAUGACUGAAACGCAGAAGAGAGUGGCAAAAAUUUGGGCUUCUGUUAUUCCCAACCGUACAGCACGCAUGUUUGUGCCCGAGUCCAACUUUUUCGAGGAGGGUGGCCACUCCAUCCUUGCGCAGCAGAUGCUUUUCAAUGUGAGGAAGGAAUGGAAGGAAAUUGAUAUUCCUAUGAGCGUCAUCUUCCAGUCCCAGACUCUUGGGGAGUUCGCCACCGAGAUUGACCGUGCCCAAGAUCCCACCGGUCUCCGUCUUGAUGUACCGCCGCUAAUUAACUUUGGAAGCAACGCCGAAGAUGAGGCCUAUGCGGCUGACGCCCGCGACCUCGUCAAGCAGCUGCCCAAUUCUAUCCGAAGCGCGGACGUGAGGGUUCCUGGUCCCAAGACCGUAUUCUUGACUGGUGCAACGGGCUUCCUCGGUUCUUACAUUCUGCGCCAACUCCUGAGUGACCCUGAGACGCGCGUUAUUGCGCAUGUCCGUGGCAAGGAUGCCGCGUCUGGUGUUAGUCGUAUCGAGACUAUUUCCAAGGCGUACAGCAUCUGGUCUGAUGGCUGGAGACCUCGCCUCGAGGCUGUGACUGGCGACAUCUCGAAGCCGAAUCUUGGUCUCUCGCAGGCCGACUGGGAUCGCGUGGCUAACGAGGCCGACGCUAUUAUCCAUAAUGGUGCUCAAGUCAACUGGAUGCUUCCCUACUCAAGCAUGCGUGCGGCCAAUGUGCUUAGCACGGUUGAAUGCGUAAACCUCGCCGCGACUGGCAAGCCCAAGAGUCUCGCAUUUGUCAGCUCCACAUCCACCCUCGACUCGGACCACUACGUCGAGCUCUCACAGAAGAGCAUUGCAGAAGGCGGCACCGGGGUUCAAGAAGACGAUGACCUUGAGGGAAGCCGUAAGGGCCUUGGCACAGGUUACGGCCAGUCCAAGUGGGCCAGCGAGUACAUUGUGCGCGAGGCUGGCAAGCGCGGGCUCGUCGGUGCCGUUAUUCGCCCCGGCUAUGUCACGGGAGACCCCGUCUCUGGCACAUCCAUCACCGAUGACUUCCUUGUCCGCCUCUGGAAGGGAUGCCUCCAGGUCCAGGCAAGGCCUGACAUCGCCAACACGGUCAACCAGGUGCCCGUCACGCAGGUCAGCCGCAUCGUUGUCGCUUCGGUGCUGCACCCGCCCGUAUCCCCUCUCGGUGUCGUACAGGUGACGAGCCACCCGCGUCUCACGAUGAACGAGUGGAUCGGCGCCCUCGAGAAGUACGGAUACGAUGUGCCCAAAGUUCCCUAUGCCGAUUGGUGCGCCAAGCUACUCGCGUACGUCAGCGAUGAGAAGAAGGAAGAACACGCACUCCUUCCCUUGUUCCACUUCGUCACUGGCGAUCUCCCCGCCAAUACGGUCGCGCCUGAGCUCGACGACCGCAACGCCGCCACGGCGCUCCGCAGCGCUGGUGGCCUGAGCGCCGAGGAGGAGAAGGAUCCGCUCGUGGCCGGCGCCGUUACCCUGGACGUUGCCGGAAGGUACCUCGCGUAUCUUGUCGCUACGGGCUUCAUGCCCGCUCCCGAGGGUAAGGGGGAGAGGGAGGUGCCGAAGUUGGAGCUUGGGGAGGAGAAGUUGACGGCGCUUGCAGCAUUGGGUGGAAGGGCCGCUGCGAGGUAG